AUGAGUCCACCACAACUAAUAACAGAGAAGGAGGUACUUCUACCUAUAACCAAUUCAAACCACAAAAUGAUACCGCGAGAAACACGAAUAUUAGGACUCACGCGAAAACAAUUAUCGUUAAUCAUUCUUGUAAUUCAAAAUGCGUCACUGGCUUUAAUGAUGCGAUAUUCUAGAAUUCGACAAAUACCUGGUGAAAACAUGUAUAUAGCAUCUACUGCCGUGUAUUUAGCAGAAGUUGUAAAAAUAAUUGCAUGUCUUGGUGUACUUUUAUUUCAAAAAAAAUCAUUUGGAAGAUUUUGGUAUGUAGUGCAAAAGGAAAUAAUUGGACAACCAAAAGAAACAUUUAUAUUAUUCAUUCCAUCAGCAUUAUACGCUUUACAAAAUAAUUUAUUAUAUGUGGCAUUAUCAAAUCUUGAAGCAGCCACAUUUCAAGUUACUUACCAGAUGAAGAUCCUUUCAACUGCGAUAUUUUCUGUCGUACUUUUAGAACGAAAGAUUACACACUUUAAAUGGUUUGCUUUAGUUCUUUUAAUGAUUGGAGUAACACUUGUACAAUUACAGACUGUUAGUCCUGUGAAAUCUUCGACUAAAGUUUUAAGUGAUGAUAAUUUUGAAAAAGAACCAACAGCUGCCACAGUUGCUGCACAAAUACUCUUAGCUCAAAAUCCAUUAAUAGGACUAUUUGCAGUUAUAAUUUCAUGUGUUUCAUCAGGAUUUGCUGGUUGUUACUUUGAAAAAAUUUUAAAAAGGACUGAAACAAGUAUGUGGAUUCGAAAUAUUCAAUUAGGAAUUAGUGGUUCCUUAUUUUCUCUUAUUGGCAUGAUAUGUUACGAUUCCUAUUCAAUAUGGGAUGGUGGAUUCUUGCAAGGUUAUGAUUCCCUUACUUAUGCUGUAAUAGCUAAUCAAGCAUUAGGUGGUCUUUUAGUAGCAAUUGUGGUAAAAUACGCUGAUAGUAUUUUAAAGGGAUUUGCAACUUCAUUAUCAAUUAUAAUUUCAGGGAUCAUAAGCUUUUAUUGGUUUGAUUUUCAUCCGACUUCACAAUUCAUGAUUGGUGCCGUUAUUGUCAUUAUUUCUACUUAUUUAUACGGAAAACCAGAAAAUACUUCUAAAGUUUCUGAAAAUUAA